AUGGCCAUUGAUCUGAAUAUGUUGGAUCAGCGGCUAAAGCUGUUGAACAAGCAGGCAAUUGAUAACUUGAUUGAUAUAUUGCAUGGAGUUUAUACAACUAAAAAUUUAUUGAUUUUAGACCAACGCUUAUCAACACUUAUAAACUUUUUAACCCCAUUCCUGAAAUUAAAGGAAAUAGCAAAAAUAGAUAAAACAAUAUGGAUUGGAGACAACGUAGAGCAGGAUAUUCUACAGUCAUUCGAUGGGUUUAUUUUCAUUUUCAAUGAGUCUCAUGAUAAUCUUCAGGCCUUAUUAAAGACAAUCAAGCAAAUUGGAAAGAAAAAGAUACAUAUUAUUGUCAAACAAUUAACGAAGUCUUUCAUUUACGAAACCAAUAAAGCUCUUAAUGGUAAUGUUACAUUUGAGAAGAUAUGUGAUAUUAAUACUGGUAAAGAAGUCAUUAAAUUUACAUCAAUGAUUAGAUUGUAUAAUUGGGAAAUAAAUCCAAUAGUUAUUGACGAGGAGGCGCGAGUGUUAUCAAUUGAAGCACCCUAUGGAGGACUCGACUCUUACUUUAACCAACCAUUACUACAAUUAUAUGAAUUGUCUAAUUCAUUUAUAACUUUAUUGGAAAAUUCGUUUAAAGCUUCUGAUAUGUCAUUCUUGAAGUUGAAGAAUAUUUAUGGUAAGGGCGAUCAUGCGAACUUAUUGAUUAACAUAAUUAAUAAUGAAAGAAUUCCUGAAUAUUUGAGCUUGAAGCUUUCUUCUUUAGAACAGGAAUUUUAUUUGACUAAGGCCAGAGGGAAUACAGACUUAAUAGUUGUCGAGAGGAAUUUAGAUUUUAUUUCAGUCAUACUAAACCAGUUGAAUUACCAAGGCUUAAUCGAUGAUUUAUUUGGUAUUGAUAUUGACAACGUUAAAGUUGGAGAGAACAGAUACAAAUUAAAUGAUGAAUUGUAUAAUGAGUUAAAGCAUUUGAACUUCGCCUCAAUUGGUGUUAAAUUAAAUAAGUUAGCAAUAUUUAUUCAGAAUGAAUUCAGUACUAGAGACAAUCUCCAAAGCUUAGGUGAAAUGAAAAAAUUGGUAAGCAAUUUGGGAAACCUUACUUCGAAGCAGGACUUGAUCAAGAAGCAUACCUUUUUAUCGGAGUCAAUAUUGAAUUACAUUAGAAAUGGUGAUAUUGAAAAUAAACCGACCAGAUCUAGUAAGAAGUAUAACGAAUAUGAAAAAUUCCUAAACUUCGAGAAUGAGUUAUUUGACAUUGAUUAUAAAACACAUAUAAGUUAUUUGCGAGACUUCCUUUCAGAGAAUUUCAACUAUAAAAUUGUCUUAUCAACUAUAAUAUUAAUAUCAACAGUAAAUGAUGGUAUUAAAGAAAGGGAUUUUGAUUGGGUGUAUAAUGAAAUUUUAGACAACUUUGGUAUGGAAAUUAUCUUUGUUAUCGACAAUUUAGUUGAUAAUAAAGUUGUGAAAAUUAAUGAUAAUAAUGACUUGCUUGGCGGAGCUCUAACAUACUUAACCAAUCAAGAUAAAAGUGAUGAUAAUGAUAAAGAAAAUAAGGUCAAUACUAAACUAGGUAUCUCCGGUGGAAGUAAUACGUACAAAAGUAAUUACACAUUGAUAAACAAAUUUUGGAAUUUACACCCUCUAGUUGAAGAAACAACAGGAACAAAAUCUGGAUUGUUGAUAGAUGAGUAUCCUAAUCCAUCGUUUACCUUGCCAUCAAGCACUGUACCAUUGCUUUCAAGAAUAAUUGAAUCACUAUAUGUACGGGACUUUCUUCAAUAUAAACCUGUGAAUAAUACUAGCAAAAGACCGAAUUGGGAUAAACUCGGGUUAGAUACAAUGUUCCAAGGAAAAACAACUGACAUUAACAUUGAUGAUACUCUGGAUGAUAGAAAUACCGAUUCGAACGCCGGUCAGGGUGAACAGUAUGUAGUGGUCAUAUUCGUUGGAGGUGUUACAAGAGGAGAAAUCAGCUGCCUAAGAUAUUUAGAACAACGAUUGCAGACGAUCGGUAUCAUCAAACGCUUCAUUAUCCUCACCAGUGGUAUAGUGAACAGUGAUAAAUUGCUUGAUGUUUUCAAGAGAUAG